CUUGGAAAGACACAAAUGCGGUAUUGAGCGGACAAAGGCCUCGCGCCAUCGUCUACAGGAUGUCGUCCACUUUGGACUCGAUUCCUAGACAAACCGAGACAACUACAGCGUCUUUGGCGACACUCUCUACGAAUGCUCUGCAAUUAUUUGCAGAUCUUGCCAUCAUAGCGCCUGAGAAUGGCGACGCCCACGGUACCUCAGCAGAUAGCAGCAUCGAACAACAACAUGAGAGACUAUUGCUAUGGGCCUCCAACCUUGGAGCUACGCACCUUGGUCACAGUUCGUUAGAUUACCGCCUUCGACAAGCUGACCUCGUGCGUAACGCUAUUGAGGCCUUCUUAAACGACCUGUGCGGGUCACUGCUCGAAUGUAGGGAAUUCUUACUCUAUGGCGACCUGAGCGCAAUGGACGAUGUCGACGCGUCCGUUCUGACGAGACGAAGCUGCAACUACUCGGAUCAGGCUGUCGCCACUGCUCAACAGAUCAUGCUGGAGGCCGAUUAUGGUUCGGAAAGCGGCGGGAUCGAGGAGCAAGACUUCAGCUUGAUUCUGGAGAGCAUAGCGGAGACAAUCAACUGUCUAUACAAAAUCGCCACGCGUAUCAGGAACCCUGCGACCAGAACUCUGACUAAGAAGGUUCUCGACUUUACGAUCAUAGAUCGCGACACCGGCGUGGAUCUGACGGAAGAGUAUGCCUUACUUGACCGGGAGCACUUGCGCGAGAUGUUCCGCGAUUAUCGAUCUGCCGACCAUCUGAGGUGUUCUGAUGAGCAGGGCGUUUCACAUCAGGCUUUGGACUCGGCUCUGGGAGAACCGCUGGACUUCCUUGCCCAGCGUCUUGCACAGGCGAAUACUAUCCGACGGAAACAGUUCGCAUACUGGAGCCGACACCGAAAGAAGCUCGACGGGGCGUCCGAAGCGACCGCACGAGAAGUGGUACGAGUCCAACAGCCACGACGACAACAAACUUCACAAAGCGUUUCCACGAUCGCACGCUCAGUUCAUGCAGCUGAUUCCGUAGUUCUUUCUCUGCCAACUACUGCCACAACUCUGAACCCAGCCCAAGUCGACCUCGAAGAUGCCAAAUCUGCAGUCACAAUCUCGGAUUAUGCAGGAUCGAUUCGCAGCAUCUCUACCACUAGGAGAGAGGUUUCAGAGAUACCAGAACCACCUUCGAAUCUCAAAGGCCGGCGCUAUUUCGAAUGCCCAUAUUGUCUGACACUGUGCUCUGGAGCAUAUCUAGAAAGGAAAGCCUGGAGGCAAGUUGAUCCCUGCGCAAAUUGGAAUGUAUCAGUUAACAUGUUCUCAAAAGGUCCCACUUAUUGCGAGAUCUGCGUCCGUAUGUCUGUACGUAUCGAGACUGCUCAGAAGGGACAUGUCUCUUUGACACGCGGCAAGAAUGGGUCGCCCACGAAGAUUCGUGCCACCGGCGAAUCGGGCGCUGCCUUGAACACCCUGAAGCCACCUUUCCCACAGUUGCCGCCUAUAAGCAUCACAUAA